GGCCUGGGCCGCGCACCAGGCUCGGUUCUGAUCGAUUCAACCGAACCGAAGCUCGGCAUGGUGUAUUCAUUUAUCAAAGGUUCUGCUGCUGCUGCGGCCCGAACCGAACUGAGCCAAUAUCCGGACAAUAAAGAGUUAAUGUUUAAUGAUGUCAAAUAUGUGCAGAUUAUAUUCAUGGUGCCGGUUUAAUGGACCAGUCCAGAUUAACAAACCAGUCCAGAUUAACAAACCAGUCCAGAAUAAUAAACCAGUCCAGAUUAAUAAUAAACCAGUCCAGAUGAACAAACCAGUCCAGAUUAAUAAUAAACCAGUCCAGAUUAACAAACCAGUCCAGAAUAAUAAAAAACCAGUCCAGAUUAACAAACCAGUCCAGGUUAAUAAUAAACCAGUCCAGAUUAACAAACCAGUCCAGAUUAAUAAUAAACCAGUCCAGAUUAAUAAACCAGUCCAGAUUAGUACCAGUUCAGCUCAUUAAAUGGGUCCAGAAUAUGAAACCCGUCCAGCUUAUUAAACCAGAUCAGACUCCCGUGAAACCAGUUCGGCUCUGAGUUUCACCAUCUUCUGACCUAAAUGUUUAAACGUUGAUCAAAAUAAACUAAAAUAAAAGCUUUUCAGUAUUUUUCUGUUUUCUUUCGUCAUAACCGUUUUACCAAAAAUAAUUAUUUUACAAUUUAAUGAAUGAAUUCACAAACCUAAAGCUUUAAUUUACUAACUUUUUUUGUUUCAAUUAAAAGUGUAACGUUUUGCCAGAGGAAAUAAAAAAGUGGAAUCAUUUUCAUGCGGUGAGUUUCAUUUUGUUGCAGCUACUUCCUGUUACCGUCCUCCAUUAAUGGAAUUAAAUUACAAUAAUGCCCUCUUUAUGCAGUUUUUGUUCCUAAAAAUAAUUUAUUUUUAUAAAGAUGAACGAUCAUCUGAAACAUUUAUACGGGUCACACAAAGUUCAGCAGCUGAAACUGUUUGGCUGACAUGGUAAGAACGGCCAACAGGGGGCAGCAGUGAGUAAAGGUCAAAAUCUGACGGAAAAUUAAUUCAAAUGAUGAAGGCAGCCAUUAGAACGAGUUUAACGUCAAAAGAACUUCACAGACUGCUGCGGAUUCCUGCGACUGCAUAUCUGACAGGAAGGUCAUGAGAGAAACAAGAAGUGAGACAAAGUAAAGUGCAGCCACUCUGGGAGAAAAUACAAACUAAAAUCUU